UCCGGCAGAACCUGCAGCUUUUCGUGGGACGCUGCGUUUGCUAGAACGUAUCACCAGACCCUUUUCCCUCAUCGAAGCGUUAUCCUUCCACAAAAAGUGGCGUGGUCUGUAAUAUCCAAUAGUCUGUACUAGCUACUGUAGACUAGUCGCGGGCAGAGCAGCCACAAACCCGCAGGACUUACCACCGGACGCAAGAGCUGCUAAACUAACCAAGACACAGGCAAGCAUGGAUGGCCCAGAGGUAAUUAAUUUUGCGUCAGUGGAAAGUGCUCUCAAUGCUGCCCUGGAAUCCGACGAAAGGUAUCAAAGAGAAAAUAACGCCAAGUUUCGAGCUGUACGUCAAAGGGUGGCUUCUUACGAGGAAUUCAGGGAUAUAGUCCUGGCAUCCCAUUUGAAACCUCUGGAGAAGAGCGACGUGGUGGGGGCACCACGCAAACAACCAUGGAAUUGCGUUUUUUCCGCUACCAAGCAGAAGGACAUGGUUUGCUGUGAGGUGACGGAGUGUGAAGCAGCGAAGUUCCAGCCCCAGACAGCCUCGGAGUUUCAGCGCGACUGGCGCCGAUUGGGUGGGAAUGUCAAAGACAAAUAUCACUGCAUAAUAUCCCUCGGCGGGCCGAAGUUGAGGGAGAUAUUCAAGAUUGAGAUUGGUGCAGGCCUGCUGGGAGAGUUUCUGAUAAUUAUGGCAGAGUGUAUGCAGGCGGGCGAUGGAGCAGGGAUACUGGCAAUCCUGCAGGGCCUGUCACAAACUUGUCGUUUCAGCCUCAACGUUUCUCUCUUGGACCAAGCGGAAAGAGAGGGGUGUUCGCAGCUGUUCGGCAGGCUGCUGGAUAUAAUGGAUAAACAAGCUCUGAAAGGUCACACACGUGUCGGCCAUGACAGUGCCCACGAACAUACUACAGAGACGAGGGGAACGGAGAAAAAUGACCAAGGUUUUUGCGAUGCUCAGGCUGCAGGGGAAGGGAUUGAUGUUGAAAAGCUGAAAGACCUAAUGCAAUGUUAUGAUGUGAAAACACAACCCUUCACUACCCGACUGCACUGCAUUACCCAAGACAGCUAAAAGUGUAUAACUCUUCCUGAUGCUGUUUAAUAAAAACAAAAGUAAAGUAAAAGACUGAGUUAUCCAUUUGCAUUACUAUUUAACAGUCUAAACAUAAGAAACUUUAUGUAUGUUUUGAGUCCUUGUUAGAAUUUAGUAACCAUAAAAGUAAUACAAGUUCUGAAGAAAAUUAUGAUGUUUUUAUAUAAAUAUGUUAUUAAAAGUUUCAGUGUGUUUUAUUAGAGUAAUUCAUCUGGUCUAGGCAGUUUAUGAGCCAUUAGCCGUGUUCAUUAAGUAAGUGCCCUGUGUUUUCUUACAUUAUACAUACUUCUGUGAUUAUACAAUAGAGAAUAUGCUGCAUGUGGUGCAUGGUGCAGGGGUGUUGCAAGUGGGUUGGAAAAUGAUUCAGGGGACCAUAUAUGGGCAGGGGCUCUAAAACCUGCCGGCAAUCU